AUGGUCGGAUCGAUAGCGUUGCAAGCGCUGAAGCCUUUACACGUCGUUCCAGAGCCAAUUGUAAAUUCUCCCCGCCCACUUGGACAACAAUCCCCUUUGCCCGGUAUAGAAGAAGAGGACGAUUCCGACUGGCCCCUAGAAGACGCCACGGACGCUACUCUCACCCCCUCCUACAAAAGCACAAGAAGCAGCUCGGACACUGUUUAUACAUCCUCAAGGAGUUCGAGCAAAAAGCGAGGUUUUGGAAGCCCUUCAUCAGUCAAGAUAUGUGUCUCUGCGGCGGCCAGAAAGUCCAAUAAGGCCAGAAAGCGUAGCGCAGCUGCUAGCGCUUCGCCCUCUGGUCAAACUGGAGAAGAGCCACCGCCCCCGCCCCCGCAACUUCAUUUCGUCAAAAUGCAGGCCGAACAAGGCAGUAUUGGCGAGCUGCAGAAAUACCACGGAAGAUACCUAAAGAGCCGGAGACACACCCUCGCCAAUGUUCGGUAA